AAGGGAAAUUGGAAUAGUAACCGACAGGGCCAAGGUCACACUCUUAGUGGCAGAGUCGCGGCUAGAAUCCAGAGCCUCAGACACGCUCUCAGCCUCCACAUCAGCACUUCCUUCUCGCCACCCCCUUCCCCACCCUCUCUGUGUGGCUGCACAGGCCAGUCCAGCCGAAUCUCGGGAGUGGGAACCCUGACCCCCUACCCCUCUGCAUCCAGCCAAUAGGAGCCCAGCCACCAUGGCGGAAUUACAGGAGGUGCAGAUCACCGAGGAGAAGCCACUGCUGCCAGGACAGACACCAGAGGCGGCCAAGGAGGCUGAGUUAGCAGCCCGAAUCCUCCUGGACCAGGGACAGACUCACUCUGUGGAGACGCCUUACGGCUCUGUCACCUUUACUGUCUAUGGCACUCCCAAGCCCAAACGCCCAGCGAUACUCACCUACCACGAUGUGGGACUCAACUAUAAAUCUUGCUUCCAGCCGCUGUUUCAAUUUGGGGACAUGCAGGAAAUCAUUCAGAACUUCGUGCGGGUUCAUGUGGAUGCCCCUGGAAUGGAAGAAGGGGCCCCUGUGUUCCCUGUGGGAUACCAGUACCCGUCUCUGGACCAGCUUGCAGACAUGAUCCCUUGUAUCUUGCAGUACUUAAAUUUUUCUUCAAUAAUUGGAGUUGGUGUUGGAGCUGGAGCCUACAUCCUGUCUCGAUUUGCUCUUACCCACCCGGACACAGUUGAAGGUCUUGUUCUCAUCAACAUUGAUCCCAAUGCCAAGGGCUGGAUGGAUUGGGCAGCCCACAAGUUAACAGGCCUUACCUCUUCUAUCCCGGAGAUGAUCCUUGGACAUCUUUUCAGCCAGGAAGAGCUGUCUGGAAAUUCUGAGUUGAUACAAAAGUAUAGAAACAUCAUUAUGCAUGCACCCAACCUGGAUAACAUUGAACUCUACUGGAACAGCUACAACAACCGCCGAGACCUGAAUUUAGAGCGAGGUGGUGACAUCACCCUCAAGUGCCCUGUGAUGCUGGUGGUAGGAGACCAAGCGCCUCAUGAAGAUGCAGUGGUGGAAUGCAACUCAAAACUGGACCCCACCCAGACCUCGUUCCUGAAGAUGGCUGACUCUGGAGGUCAGCCCCAGCUGACUCAGCCAGGCAAGCUGACCGAGGCCUUCAAGUACUUCCUGCAGGGCAUGGGCUACAUGGCCUCAUCCUGCAUGACUCGCUUGUCCAGGUCGCGCACAGCCUCUCUGACCAGCGCCACGUCCAUUGAUGGCAACCGGUCCCGCUCCCGCACCCUGUCCCAGAGCAGCGAGUCCGGGCCUCUCCCUCCAGGGCCCCCAGGACACACCAUGGAGGUCUCCUGCUGAGUGACCCCCGUCGCUCUGGUGCGGACCCGGGCCUCACCUCCUGCAGCACUAACCUCGGAGGUGCACAAGGGCUUCGGGUGAGAGUUGGCAAGGAGAGAGGGCAGGACACGCGAGGAGAUGACAUUGAUCUUUUGAUUGCUACCCUAACCUUGACCUUUAACCUGUGAGUUUCUCACUUCUGGGAGAGAUGUCCUAAUAUCUCUUAGGGACCCAGACCCCUAAAGAAUCCCCUCUUCCAUGUUGGUGUGGUGAAGGCAUGCACUCUCCCGCCCUGAUCCAGGUGUUGGUGGAGGAGGGGUCAGAGGCGGCUAUUGGCACGGUGCCUCCAUCAGACUCUCCCUGUCUAUCCCAUAUAUGCAAGGGCGGGGGGCUUGGGGCUGGGGCUGCAUUCAUCAAAGCUGAUGCGGCUUCUCAUUAACCAGCCCCCGCGGGAAUGGGCCUCAAUAGAUGUGUGGGGGGAGUCUUGGCAGUGGGUUAGUGGUUGUCAGGAUGUGAUGGAAACACCCAGGGUGUAAAGCAGGGAGGUGGCAGGGGAGUGGUGGGCGGUGAGUGAGUAUGGUGGAAGGACUGGAGCAGAGGGGUAGGAAGAGGCCUGGGGCCAUUUGGCUGCACUAACUUUGGUAGCUGUCAUUGUGCGUCUAGAGUCGGGAGAGGGAGGGAGCCAAGCUUGGUCCAGGCUGCUUGGGGCUUGGCAGUGGGGUGGGAAGGAUGACCCCAGAUCUCUGACCGCACUGUUAGGUGUGGCAGGUGGCUUCCUGUCUCCCACAACUUCUGCUGUGACAAUAAACUGUAGAGGAAUCUGCACACCAUUA